AUGGGUGUCAUUGGUAUACGUUGUUCGCUUAUGCUGGUUGUGGUUUUGGUUGCUUUUAUUGGCGAUUAUGGUGUAGUUUUGGGUGAUUUGGUUAAGGGGGUAAAAGAUGAAAAGAAUUUGUUUGGUAAACCUAAACCUGGGUUUGGAGGAGGUUUAGGUCAUGGCAUUUAUAAGAAAGGGUUUAGACAUGUUAAAGGUGGUGGUGGAGGUCUAGGAGGUGGUAUUGGAGGAGGUGUGGGAGGUGGGAUAGGUCACCAUGGAGGUCUUGGAGGCGGUGUUGGUGGUGGAGUUGGUGGUGGCGGUGGGCUACGUCAUCAUGGAGGGUUAGGAGGUGGUGGGAUAGGUCAUCGUGGAGGUUUGGGCGGUGGAAUUGGUGGUGGUGGUGGGCUACGUCACCAUGGAGGUCUAGGAGGUGGUGUUGGGAUAGGUCAUCAUGGAGGUUACAAAGGUGGUGGGAGGUUUGGUCACAAUGGAGGUCUAGGAGGUGGGGCCGGAGGAUAUGGAGGGGUUGGUGGUGGUGGUGGUGGACUUGGUGGAGGGACGGGUGGUGGUCUAGGCGGUGGCGGUGGGCUUGCUUUCUAUUUUUAUGUUCAUGACAUGAAGUAUGAACAUGGCUACGGGUUACGGGCUACGGGCAUACAAUGUCGUUUGGCUAUGGAUUUUUUACGGCUCUGUUGCUAA